GGCGGGCGCUGGAGCGGCAGCAGCAGCAGGUAGAGCAGCUUCUUCUUCGGCAGCGGCGGCAGCAGCCGGGACUCGUCUGCAGCGCGGCGGAGCCCCGGGGCCGGGCCGGUUCGGUUAUGGGGAAGGUGCAGCUCUUCGAGGUCCGCCUGAGCGAGAGCCGGGUCAUCUACAGCCCCGGGGAGCCGCUGGCCGGCUCGGUCACGGUGCGCCUGUCCGGAGCCCUGCAGUACCGCGCUAUCAAGGUGAGCUGCGUUGGAUUUUGUGGGGUGUCUAACAAAGUCAAUGACACGGCAUGGACUGUUGAGGAGCAAUACUUUAACAGCACCCUCUCCUUGGCGGACAAAGGGGUCCUGACAGCUGGUGAGCACUCCUUUCCCUUCCAGUUCUUGCUACCAGCUUCAGCUCCUACAUCGUUUGAAGGCCCUUUUGGGAAGGUUGUCCAUCAGAUCAAAGCUGUGAUAGAUACACCCCGAUUCUCCAAGGACUACAAGUGCAACAAAGUCUUCUAUGUCCUCUGUCCACUCAACCUGAAUGCCAUCCCUGAGAUUGAGCAACCCAACACUAUGUCCAUCACCAAGAAGUUCAACUACAAACUUGUGAAAAGUGGGAGCAUCAUUUUAACUGCCACCUCAGACCUCAAAGGAUAUAUUGUGGGGCAGGUGAUCCAGCUGCGCACAGACAUAGAGAACAAGUCUGGCCGGGAUACUGGUUCUGUUGUAGCCAGUCUGCUUCAGAAAGUCGCUUAUAAAUCCAAACGCUGGAUUUAUGACUUGAGAACCAUUGCAGAAGUGGAGGGCGUAGGGGUGAAGGCAUGGAAGCAUGCAGAGUGGAAGGAGCAAAUCCUUGUCCCAGCGCUGCCCCAGUCUAUUCUGCAAGGCUGCACCCUCAUACACAUUGACUACUAUAUCCAAGUUUCUCUGAAGUCACCAGAAGUCUCAGUCACCCUACCUAUUUACAUUGGCAACAUUGCUGUGAACAGAAUCCCCCUGAGCCCAGCCAGGUCAGUCCCACACAUCCCGUCUGCAGUGGUACCAAGCGCACCCCCAGAAGAGGAGGAAGCUGCCAGUGGCUACCACCCCAUGGACAAUGUUUCAAUCCCCACCAAAAGUCAUUCCCAGCAGCAGCCUUUCAGCUACGCUCCAGGACUGAGCUUCCAGGAAGUAAGGCUGGAUUCGGACCAGACUGGCUCCCCAAACCACCCCACGCUCUGCUUGUCAACGGGAGCAACUGUUCCAUACUAUGCCGAAGGGACGGUGGUUCCAGUUCCCACUGCCAGCUCUCUCAUCCUGCCUCCGGAGUACAGCACAUGGGGUUACCCAUAUGAAGCGCCUCCUUCCUAUGAACAGAGCUGCAGCAGCGCCAACUCCAGCCUCAGCAAUGGCAACUAGCCCUGUACCAGAAGCCUGCAGGUGCUGCUCCUCCACAGCACUGUCUCUGAAGUCUGGUACAGCACAAAGCAUCUUCUAUUCCUGUGGCUGAUGGGCAGGGUGAAAGGCUUGUCCCAGUCUGGGAUUUUUAAGUCACUUUUAUGCGGUCUCCUUUUUUUGUGUGUUUUUUAAAAAAACCAGAGGGGGCUCAUUGGAAGUGGGCAUGGGGUGUGGGGUCUGUGCAUAGAGAUGGGGGAAUGGUACGUCUUGCCCCCUCACAACUCCAUUGUACCCUAUAGCAGAGGAGCUGCCUGCCCCUGGGAUGCCUUGCACAAUAAUAUGUUCCUGUACUGUAGUCCAACACUUACUGCUUUACUAUCAAAGCACCUGUGAUGCCUUAUUUGAAAUGCUACUGAACUGGUGUGUGUCUACUGUAGGCAAUGGAUGGUAUGUGUGGAUUCUCCUCUUCCUUUUUGUGGUUAGAGUGCCGUUUCCAAUCCUGGCACAGGCUCAGCAGCCUCUCUCUCUCAUCCCCACCGACCCUGUAGUUGAUCCUCAAACACUCCCAACAUCAAUGGGGCACGUGGGGCAGCCUAUAGCAAGAGAUCUCUGGAGGGAAUAGACCCAGAAGGUGGAGGGUACAGAGAGCUUAGAGUACAGACCCUAGAAACUGCAAGGUUGCAGAAUAACUGGCCAGCAUCCUUCCUCCAGCUGUAAGUUAAACUUUUGCCAACAUGUGAUGAUAAUGGAGGCAUGGUAGCCAUUAACUUGAUCUAUGCAUUUGUAGGAACCCUAGCAGGGCCCAUAGUGGGAAUAGGGAAAGUUCUAUACAUUACCACCUUUUUCUUGGCAUUUUUUUUAAAUCCAGCUGAUGGGGUUCUCCAGAAGAAAAAACAAAAUAAAAAAGCCUGUGGGGUUCUUGGAGCAAUUCCUACAGAACCCUUUUGGUUGUACCCCUUUAGUGCAAGCUUGGCAAUGCCAGCCAAAUUUUUAGCAGGGUCUGAUUUUUAUAACUACCCUGUUCGGUCUCCACAUGUUCCCUGAGCUUGCCCUCAGCAGUGUGCCCUCUCCAUUCCUGUUGCUCUAGGCAGGCUGGAAACUGACAAUCAAGCUUCUAGGUUUUCUAAUGCUACCUCUGAACUCGCCCAAGACACCUGUAAUGGGGAAACCCCUUCUUUGCAGGGACCCUCUACUACAAAAUGCUCACUUCCCAAAGAGUUUCUCUCCCAAGAGAAGGGGCAGCUGUGCUGCAUGAGCACCGGAGACUCCAGGACUGUGGGCUUCCCUACCCACUGCAGCGAGGCUGUCUAGUUCUACAGCACUGGCUGCUCAGGCAAGGCCUACUCCAUUGUUUGGGUAAAACUAGCUCUAAGCUGCUGUGAGAUCCCAGACCAGGCAGGCACAAACUGUUGCGUGGACAUUUCGCCUACUGCUGCAUUUCUUGCUUGCUGUCACUGAAACCAACAGGCCAGCUGGUGAGGAGCAUGUAAGGCCUACAUUCCUCAGUGGCAGCUUCAGACUGGGAGCACACAAUAUUAAGCUCCAGGUCUGAGGCACCAAAACAGCUACUCUUGACCCAAGAACAAGAACCCUUUCUGGGAUCUGAAGCUUGCAUCACGCUCCUUCCUCCCGCUCUCCCACCCUGCACUUCAGACUGCCUCUGCAGCCCCCGGGACUGGCUGCUCUGGGACAGGUUGCACUUUUCUGCACAAUCUUUUUUAAUAGGGGUAGGGGUUGAGGGAACCUUUUUCCCAGCAGGGCUGGCGAACAGACGUUACCUGCGCUGAUUGUAUAUAGAACAAGUAUCCUUGUAUAUGUACGUAUAAGAGGACCUGUUUUUAAUGACUGGAUUAAUACCAAAUUUUAAUGCUGUAUUUAAUAAAUUAUUCCAAAAGAGA